GAUAAACAGAGGAGCGGCGCCGAAUAAACUCCGCGGCCUCGUCUCCUUCCCCACUUCGGCAUCGGCAGUUCCGCGAGCCGGCCGAUACCUUGGCUACUAGUAGUAGUCGCUACCCGAUCGCCUGCUCCCGCUGCGCUCUGCGUCUCUUUCCGACUCUCGCGCCUUCUACCCCCGCCACGCCUCGGCAGCAGCCCCUCGCCCGCACCGCAUCCCCACCCCACGCCUCCGGCGCCGGCGAGAUGGAGCUCAAGCCCGGCAUGUCGGCGCUCGUCACCGGCGGCGCCUCCGGCAUCGGGAAAGCACUGUGCAUUGCUUUUGCACAGAAGGGUUUAUUUGUGACCGUCGUCGAUUUCUCAGAAGAAAAUGGAAGAGAAGUUGCGGUGUUAAUUCAAAAGGAAAAUAACAAAUUUCAUAGAGAUCUUAGAGUUCCAUCUUCUAUAUUUGUCAGAUGUGAUGUUAGCAAUGCGGAUAGUCUUGCUGCUGCUUUUGAGAAGCAUGUACAAACAUAUGGUGGACUAGAUAUCUGCAUCAAUUGUGCUGGAAUUGCCAAUAAAACACUAGUUUAUGACGAUACAUCCGAUGGAGCUAGAACAUGGAGGCAUGCUGUAAAUGUUAACCUUGUUGCUGUUAUUGAUGGUACUCGCAUUGCAAGUCAAAUAAUGCGGUCCCAAAAGAAGCCUGGUGUCAUAAUAAAUAUCGGUUCAGCAGCAGGCCUUUAUCCUAUGUUUUUUGAUCCCAUAUAUAGUGCGACAAAAGGGGGUGUGGUUAUGUUUACAAGAUCACUUGUUCCAUUGAAACGCCAUGGUGUUCGUGUCAACGUGCUCUGCCCAGAGUUUGUUCAAACUAAUCUGGCGGAACAAAUGAGCCGCAGAAUUGUGGAUUCUACUGGUGGAUAUUUGAAGAUGGAGGAUAUUGUCAAUGGUGCGUUUGAGCUUAUACAGGACGAGAGCAAGGCUGGUGCUUGCCUUUGGAUAACGAAACGACGAGGGAUGGAAUACUGGCCAACACCAGAAGAACAAAGAAAGUAUAUGGUGAACCCCAGCAAGUCGAAAAGGACGCUGACAAAGAACAUAUAUCCCAGCAUCCAAAUGCCUGAAUCUUUUGAGAAGAUAGUUGUUCACACACUCAGCCAUAAUUUCCGCAAUGCUACAAGACUUGAGCACGUCCGACUGAGAUUGCCUGUUGAACCACACAGUGCUCUGGUUAAAAUAAUAUAUGCUGGUGUAAAUGCUAGUGAUGUAAACUUCAGCUCAGGACGCUAUUUUAGCGGUAAUCCUAAAGAAAUUGCUUCACGCCUUCCAUUUGAUGCUGGUUUUGAGGGUGUGGGAAUCGUUGCCGCUGUUGGAGAUUCAGUGAAUCAUAUCAAAGUAGGCACUCCGGUGGCCCUUAUGACUUUUGGAAGCUAUGCUGAAUUCACGCAGGUUCCAGCCAAACAUCUUCUUCCGGUGCCUAGACCAGACCCAGAGGUUGUUGCUAUGUUGACAUCAGGACUGACUGCUUCAAUUGGUCUUGAAAAGGCGGGGCAAAUGACAUCUGGGAAAGUUGUUUUAGUUACAGCAGCUGCCGGUGGAACAGGACAAUUCGCCGUUCAGUUGGCGAAACUAGCAGGCAACAAGGUUGUUGCCACAUGUGGAGGUGAAAGUAAGGCUGAACUUCUGGCUUCCUUAGGAGCUGAUCGUGUUAUCAAUUACAGGAAUGAAAGCAUCAAAGAUGUUCUGAAGAAAGAGUUUCCAAGAGGUGUAGAUAUCAUAUAUGAAUCUGUAGGUGGGGAAAUGUUUGACUUGUGCUUGAAUGCACUUGCAGUCCAUGGGCAUCUCAUUGUAAUUGGUAUGAUCUCCCAGUAUCAAGGAGAGGGUGGAUGGAAGCCAAAGAAUUACACUGGACUAUGUGAGAAGAUACUAGCUAAAAGUCAAACUGUGGCUGGAUUUUUCCUUGUUCAGUAUGCUCAUCUGUGGCAAGAUCAUCUUGACAAACUUUUUGACCUGUAUGCCUCUGGAAAACUAAAGGUUUCCCUAGACCCCAAGAAGUUCCUGGGUGUUGCUUCCGUGCCAGAUGCAGUAGAAUACCUUCAUUCUGGCAAGAGUGUUGGCAAGGUCGUUGUGUGCAUUGAUCCAUCAUACAGUCAGGUCGUUGCCAAGCUAUAACUUAUGGACAAUGAUACGCAUUAUGAUUCACGGUUGCGAAGUAGGUUAGGCUGUUAGAGGUACACAUAUACCCUGAGGCCCUUCGGGUCUUUGUUUCCUGCCUAGAUGGCUCAACACAAGACAGCAUUUUCCAGGUUCGUUUAAAAAAGACAGCAUUUUUCAAGGGAGAUAAGAACCGAAUAAUUUGCAUAUGUUGGUGUAUUCGUGUAUAGCUCAGUUUUGUGCAUAGUUUAUAAGAUGCGCGACUAUACUAAAGGGCAAACAUGGACAUGGAAAUCGAAUAAGUUUAUAAUACCAGAGAUUAUGAUCAUGUUGGACAUUGGUA